GAUUUCGAUGGCGGGGUAAUAAGUGGGCCGCAGCUUACGGUCACACUAUUAGCUGGCUUAUUUUUUUUGUCGAUGUAAACGUUUAUUACAUUUCACAGAUAAUUCGGGAGCCAAUGGAUUCCAAACUAGAUAUGUUUGAGGACGUGAACACGUCGCCUUCUCUGGAGGGCGACAUGUCUAUUCCGGGCAAGAGGACCACAACUGCAACGUCGGCGAGCGGAGUGCCGGAUUACAAUACUUUGGAUGAGCCCAUUCGGGAGACGGUGCUGCGGGAUAUCCGGGCGGUGGGCAUCAAGUUCUACCACGUGCUAUAUCCCAAGGAAAAGUCCAGCCUGCUCCGCGACUGGGACCUUUGGGGACCGCUGGUGCUGUGCACCUUCAUGGCCACCAUCCUGCAGGGCUCCUCCUCCGCCGACAGCAUGUCCGACAACGGGCCCGAGUUCGCCCAGGUCUUCGUAAUCGUCUGGAUAGGAGCGGCCAUCGUUACACUCAACUCCAAGCUGCUGGGCGGCAAUAUCUCAUUCUUCCAAUCCGUCUGCGUGCUGGGCUACUGUCUUACCCCCGUGGCCAUUUCGCUGAUUGUGUGCCGCGUAAUCCUGCUGGCCCACCAGACGAGUCUGCUCUUCUUUCUGCGCUUUGUGACCACCACCAUGGGCUUUGCCUGGGCCACCUACGCUUCCUUUAUUUUCCUGGGCCAGAGCCAGCCGCCGCAUCGCAAACCCCUGGCGGUCUACCCCAUCUUUCUGUUCUUCUUCAUCAUCUCGUGGCUCGUCCUGUCCCACAAUUAGCUAAAUUAGUUCGUAAAGAGAAAACAGUGCACGUUCCAUAGCGUAACCAAAAAAACAAAAAUCCGAAAUCAAUUGUACAUUUUUCUUUAAGCUA